AUGGUGAAUUACGUAAAUCCGCUCGCCAUGUACCAAGGCAAGGGACAGUACGGCGCGGGCGGUUGGUAUGGUUGGCAGCAUCAGAAUUUUGAAGAACAGCAGUGGUGUGCUUGGAAUGGCGCUCCGACGGCAGAGUGGCCCACGGACCCUCAUCAUUUUAAACGGGAGCCGGGUGAAAGGGAUAUUGCUGAAAUGCCUUCACCAGCGAGGGGAGAUUUGGCGAGUCCAGGAGAAGGUUCACCAGGCUCGAGGCCGUCACAGCCGCCGGCUCCGCCUCGGUCGCCCUACGAAUGGAUGAAGAAACCAAGCUACCAAUCACAGCCAAAUCCAGGCAAAACGCGGACAAAAGAUAAAUACCGAGUGGUGUACAGUGACCAUCAACGGCUGGAAUUAGAAAAGGAAUUCCACUACAGUCGGUAUAUCACUAUACGGAGGAAGGCUGAACUUGCUGUCAGUUUGGGACUAUCUGAACGACAGGUAAAAAUAUGGUUCCAAAACCGCCGAGCCAAAGAGCGGAAACAAGUGAAGAAACGCGAAGAGGUUGUGAUGAAAGAAAAGGGUGAUCAUGCGUCGCUGCAACACGCGCAGUUGCAUCACGCGACAAUGCUGCAUCAUCAGCAAAUGAUGAACGGCAUGAUGCACCAUCAUCACUACCACCAAGGCGUCCUUCAAGGUGUGCCCGAGCCGCUCGUUCCCGGGGUCGCCCCAGUCCCACUGCUGUGA